GCCGAGGCCCAGGGCUUUCGCUUCCGGGUGGCGCGACCGCGGUGGUGGCUGCUCGGGGUUGGCUUCCGGCGCCGUCCCGAGUCGGGGCCCGGCGGGGAGGGGCUGCCCCUGCGCAGCGGCUACCCGAGGACGGCGGGCGGCCGGCCGGCCCGGUCAGGCCAGGCCAGGCCAGGCGGCGGCGCGAGGGGUCGGAGGCCGCGCCGAGCCAUGGAGCCGCGGCUGUGAGGAGGAGCCCCCGGCCCGGGCCCCGCCUGUGGGAAGCCGGGCCGCGGCCGGAGCCGGAGGACAUGGACAAAUUGACCAUCAUCUCAGGAUGCCUCUUUCUGGCCGCCGAUAUCUUCGCUAUCGCCAGCCUGGCGAACCCGGACUGGAUCAACACCGGCGAGUCCGCGGGUGCUCUCACAGUUGGCCUUGUGCGACAGUGUCAGACCAUUCAUGGACGUGACAGGACCUGCAUUCCUCCACGGCUGCCCCCUGAGUGGAUCACGACUUUAUUUUUCAUCAUCAUGGGAAUCAUUUCACUGACUGUCACUUGCGGUUUGCUAGUGGCUUCUCAUUGGCGAAGGGAAGCGACAAAAUACGCACGCUGGAUAGCAUUCACUGGAAUGAUCCUUUUCUGUAUGGCAGCCUUAAUAUUCCCCAUAGGAUUUUACAUCAACGAAGUGGGAGGCCAGCCUUAUAAACUUCCGAACAACACAGUGGUCGGCUCAUCUUACGUACUGUUUGUUUUAUCUAUUUUCUUUACGAUAGUGGGACUUCUGUUUGCUGGCAAAGUGUGUUUACCUGGCUGACGAAUGUCUCAAUACUUUUUCGUAUGAUCAUGAAGGAGAAUAGGACGUCUGACGCAUUCUCGGGAAGAUGCUAGUGUCGGGCCGUUGCAGUCUUACCAGAACGAGGAGGUUUCUCUGUUCUCACUAUGCACUUUGGAUUUUUUUUUAAUUUUAUUAUUAUUGUUGUUGUUUUUCAUUUUUAUGGAGAGUCUUUCCCAUAACCAAAUGCAGACAACCACGACUCAUCUCUUCAGCAUCUGGAUGUGGUCAGGUGUGCACUGUGAUAGGACCUCGUGUGGAAGAAGAUUUAUUUUCUACACUCAACAGCAUUAUUCGCUUUUCCCCAUUCCCCCCAACUCCCUCCGCAUCACCGUACUGUACCCCUUUGAAAUAUCUGACAAUAUUGAAAGUCUCAAAAGUAUUUAUGCACUUUGGUUGACCGGGCGUUUGCCAAGGGUGGGGCUGGCCUCACCCUCUUUCAGAGAUUUAGCAUCUUCCUUCUAUGGUAGGCAAGAAACGUUUGCCAUCAGCCCUCCCCGCCCCCCACACCCAUGCACUCAAGAGAUCAGUCUCACAUUAGCUGCACCCUGAAGCCUGUAGAUCAAAAGACGCUUUUGGAAACCUGUUACGAGGACCCAUCCACUCACCACCACUGCUGUUGUCGCCACCUCCCUGUGACCUUUAGGAAACACCAAGAACACUGGGGUGGGGUGGAGAAUUCUUCAUAUAUAUUUAUAUGUGAAUGUUUGUGUGCGCAUGUGUGUGUGUGUAUUUAUAUGUAUGAUGCAGUAUGCAGAAUGUCUAGGUAUGUCUGUCUGUACACAAGCACACACACAUGCAUACAUACCUACCAACACAGGCGAAACACUGUGGUGUGCAACACUAGAACUUGCAAAAGAAAAGCAAGCAAACUAAGAAAGAAAAGCCAUUUUUUUUUUAAGGCUGCAUCACUGAGAAAGUCUUCAGUAUACCUCAUUCUCUGUAGCAGCCCUUGGUUUUGACAGGUUUUUCUAAUAGGUACCAACAACUCCAUGCCUUCCUCGGUGCAAUUUUAAGUUAAGCUAAGAGGGUUGGUCCUCCUCCUCUUCCGUUGUAGGGUAAUUUAUUUGUGUAUUGAUGGUCAAAGAUGAAAUCAUGUCUGUCUUUAGAAAGAUCUGACCCCAGUGAUGGGAAGCUAAACCCAACAGUUCAAUGCAUAAUUUAAGCAGUGUAAAUAGUGGGCACGUCUCAUCUUUUUGAGGCCUUGCUCUUUACACGAAGGGGCGCUUUGACGCAAGCAGUCUGCCACAAGCAUCUCCGAUUGCGUGGAACACGAACAGCACCGGCCUCUUUCCCCUGAAAGUAUUAAAUCCCCUGUUACUAUUUCACGAAGGAACAAGUUGAUUAUUGGAUGGCGUAGUGUUGUUGUUGUUGUUUUUUUAAGGCUUAAAACGUGGCCUGUCUGUUUUCAAGGCUCUUUGCAGCUGAUGUCAUUGUCCUCCUCCUCGCAGAUUCUCUUGGGAAAUAGCAUCGCUAGUCUCGUUCAGAUACAGGCCUGGCCACCUCAGUUUAUGUCCGGUGCUUUCCUGUUCUGCCCACUAGAACCAAAACUGGGCCGCACGCUUCUCCCAAAGCGUGCCAAGUAACACCACAAGUCUGUCGUGCUGGGUGCAGCCACCCCCUAAUCUUGCAUCCGGUGCUCAUAGCCCAACUGUUGAGGGCCUCCGACUCAUUGGUGCAGGCAAAUGCUUGCGGUUGAAGGAAUUGCUGAGGACUUCCAGUGUCACGCUGUGGGAAGGACUCCCUGCUGCAAAGAAAGGGGGAAAAAAAGCCAUGCACACAUAAGGAUUCUCAGUUGGAUCAAAUAAUGUAGGUUUUUGGGAAACUUGUGGGCGGUUGAAGAAAAUGGCUCUACCAUCAUGCUGGAUGGGUUCCUGCCAUCUUCUCUAGCCUGCCCCACUCCCUGCAGGGACCCUCCCUAGCAAUCCCCACCUCCCUAUUUGUUCCUGUUAGGCAGGCCCUUUUCCCACCUAAAAAUACUGAGCUACAGCCGUACCUUUUGCUUUCUAAAAGGCUCAACGGGCCCGUUGUGGAACCCAUGAGCCUUUUUGCUCCUUAGCAUGCUUGCAUCUGUUUUAGUUUUGUUCAGAUUAAUGUUGAAAAAGAUGUAAAGGGACAUGGUGGAGCAUCUUGCGCCAAAUAAUGUGUGUGCUGAUGCAUUGGCACCCCUGGGUGCUGUGUUGGGGAUCCCAUCAUGUGGAUGGCAACAGAGGAAGGGCUAAGGGGAAUCGCUUCUCGGUCAGAGAGGGGCUGGUGCUGACCCAUUAAAAUUUGCAACCAAGCUCAGGAGCUUGGCGUGGUAGGAAACCACAAAAUGAACUCCAGACAGCCAAAGACAAUCCAGCGAGGCGAACAUCCCCAUCGCAGUAUUGUUAGAAGGGACUGAUUUGUGAGAGCGCAUCAUUUCUCUUGUCUGAGUUUGUGGAUGACAGUGAUUCCUUUUUCAAACUGGAAUAGGUGACUGAGUUUCAUUUUGUUCUUGGAGCGUAUUAUUGGUCCAUUCAGUUGGCAGAAGAAUUCCUCCGAAAUAAUUGGCGAGUUUCAAUUUUUUUUUCUAGAGGUUUUGUGAAAUCAUGGCUUUGUUUGGCUUAAGGUCAAGCGUUCAAUCUUGAGCUUUGCCAGGAAUUGGAAGUGGGUUCUAAAGAUUUUUACCUCUGCAGACAGAACACGAGUUGUAGAUGCUGGACCAUUUUAUAUAGAAAAUUACUGUUUCUUAAAAUAAUUGUUGCAAAGCAAGGGUGGGUUACCUUUUGCAGGCCAAGAGCCACACUUACCAUUUAAGGGAAGGAUAAGGGCCACAGCAAGCAAGACAACAAGGCAAAUCAGAUUGCACACAGGCUGGGAUUUUCUGUUUUUUUUUUCCCCACUCCCACCCUGUAGAUCUGUGUGUGUAUGUGAGGUUUUACCCAGUUUUAUUGGAUGAGAAUGAGGUCUUUGUGCUGUUUUAGAGUUUAUGCAGCCAUUUUCACGUGGUUUCCCACAUUGAAAUUGCAUCACCAGUUUUCAGCAGUUACACUCCUUCACUUUGGAGCAGACUCCAGAGGCUGCUGAAAAUGGAGUCCGGGGGAACCAGCUGCAAACCUCUAGCUUCUCCACGUGGCCCACUCCGGUUGAAGAUAGCUCCACAGCAUAGUUGGGCAAUGGCACCCUUUCUUUUUCGCUCUUGAUGUUGAAAACAUUUGCCUAAUCAACUCCUUUGUAUCAGGCUGUGUUUUUAAGGACACGAGUGCAAGCGUGCUUCAGAGCCACAGGCCGCAUGAUCCUGCCUCAUCAUCUCUCUUGCUGGGGUUAGUUAUAUAAACACCCUGCAACCUCAGUGUUGCACAUCGUUUGCAGCAGGUGACCUUCCAGAUUUUAGGAAGUUCAGCAGUUGACUCUACAGCAUUGCUGGGGCAACCUCACCCCUUUUCUCUCCUCUUUCCCCUUUCCACACACAGAUUCUUCCUCUCUCUGCCAUUUGCAUCUGGUGCUGAAUUCUAGCCUCCAAUGGCACCUCUUAACUGAAGUGGGAUCAUGUUCUCUUUCCAUUACAGGCAGUCCUCGCUUAGCGACUGUUCACUUAACGAUGGUCUAAAGUUACGACAGCCUUGAGAACAGUGCUUUACAACCUGUACUCGUGCUUAUGGCCAUUGCACACUGUUGCACCACCCCCACAGUCACGUGAUUGCAAUUCGGGCACUUGGCAGCCGGCUAGCAUUUAAAACCAGUUGCAGCGUCCUGUUGCACAAGAUCACAAUUUGCGACCUGUUCUGCCGGUUUCCGGCAAAAAACAUCCAUUGGGGAAGCUGGAUGUGCUUAAUGACCGCCGUGGCUCACUUUACGGCUGUCGUAAAAUCGGGUCCAGUCAUUUAGUGACUCACCUAACAACCACGCCACUUAACAGUCAAUUUUCCGGUCCCUAUUGUGGUCGUUAAGUGUGGCCUACCUAUAGUGUCUUUCCAUUUCAGGGGCAGGGCACCCAGUAGGAUAAUUUGGGGAGGGGAGAAGACCCACCACUAUUCCUGUUCCUUCGCCAUCGCCCAGAAGCCGAUGACCCUGCUCCGAUUCUCUCUGCCCACCUUCUGCGGUGUUCAAGGGAGUGGUGCAAAAACGCUUCCGCUGAAACCAUUUUCAGUCAGUGUGGGUCACAAGAAAUCAAGCAACCCGUAUUUUUUUUGGUCCCAGUCUUAGUUUCCUUUUGGAAAUGCCUCGGAAAAGGGGAGAACCAGCUAACCAACCUACCCUACAAGCGGGCCUUGUAGAAAGUUUCAGCCUUGUAGAAAGUUUGAUCUUUUACAGUCAGCCUUGGGCUAACACGAUGAUGCUACCCACAAAAAAGCAGUCAGUGGAGGGAUUUGUGCUGAAUAGGCAGCCAGGGUGGUGGAUGGUCCCCAAAUUCACGCAAAGCUCCUUCAAGUGGCAUUAAGAAAACCAGUCUCAUCCACCUUGACAAAUACGCCCUACGGUAAUAAAGGACUGUCUAGGGGGCUAAAUUCCCCCCAAGCUUUCGCCAUAGGAUGACUUCUUCCAUGCCCUGAAAU